CGAAAAGAAAACAAGCACUUAAUCUUCAAUUAUUUCUUCGUUAUUGGCAUCCUAUAAUUGAUUCACGUUUUCUAAGUGUUUUACUCGAGGACAAAAACUUGGUGUUUUCGAAGUUCCAUCAUUUUUUCUUUUUCUUUACAUUGUCUUAUUUCUGGUGCUUCGCCUGCUCCUGAAAAUGAAGGUGGAGUCUGAUGCUAUGAAAAGCGCCUGCUCAGGGCUUCUCUCAUACAUUGAGAAGCGGAACAAGGACGAGCAAAGAAAACAGCUGUUCGACACCAACUCAGAGACAGUGAGACUCGACUUCUCUCUUGCAUCGAUUCCUCCCAAGGCGAUUCACAAACCAUACAGAAUCACGCUGCCGAAUCCAAUGUAAGUCGAAUUUACUUAAUUGAAUUCUCCAUUUGAAAUUAAAUCGGGCGUGGUCGAUGAUUUGUCACUGCCAAUAUUAUUUUCGCCUCUAGACGAUACUGUGCUAGAAAUCGAAAUGAAUCCUGCAUUAUAUAUAGUAACAAGUACUCACAACUAACUCUCUGACGCUGUUAGAUAAGACGGUCAGCCGUAAGAAAAUGUAGCUGUACUAGAACAACUGAGCAGCCAAGGAAUAACAAAGACAAACCCAUGAUAAUGAUAAAAGGUACGAGUCCUCAGAGGUUUGCGUUUUUGUCAGGGAUGAUCUCGACGACCGCAACAAGAAAUUCCACGAGACAAAGCGAAAGGAAUGGAAGAAUUUGGUCAAAUCGCAGAACAUCAAGGCGGUAAUAACUAGAGCACUUUCAUAACCUUUGUUAAAAACUACAAGAUCGAGGCCGCUGUAGCCAGAAGUCUUUGCUCGAUACUAUAAUUGUUAACUAGAAGAUCAUCACUUUUUUCAACUACACAACUCCAUUAUUUUGUUCAUGUCCGGGGUUUAUUAGGGUUCUACCUCCUCCUCUCACCUGCAGGUCCAGAAAGUGAUGCAAUUGCAGAAAGUUAAGAAGGAAUUCAAGCAUUUCGAGCAGAAGCGCGCGUUGUGCAACUCUUAUGACUUGUUUUUAUGCGACAAGACGAUUCUUGAGACGAUGCCACAGGUUCUAGGGAAGACUUUCUACAAAAGCCGCCACAAAGCGCCAGUUCCGGUGACGAUCACCAAGCAGAGACCAAGCGAAGAUAUCCUCAGCGUCCUCAAGAGCACGACCAUGACAGUACCAUCGGGUCCCUGCGUAGGAGUCCGCAUCGGCCGGUGCAGCAUGACACCAGAACAGCUCGCAGAAAACUGCUCAGCGGUACCUCUAACAGAAAAGCGAUGUAGGUCUAAGUUGUUAACCGGAAAUGGAAAUAAACCGACUGUUUCACGGGCUUCUUAUCAUUUUUUUGAGCCUUUAUCUAAGCAUCAGGCACAAUUUCUUGUUCUCAUUCGACGAUCAACAUCAUCUAACUUCUGCUAAUACAUACUACUUACUAGGUUUGCGAAAAAGCAGCAUCAAUAUUUGCGGAGAAGGGACUAGAGGUGAAGGCCGCACACAUAACGGCAACAGAUUGCAUUUCCUUGCCGGUCUACGCGCAGGAACUUGACGGCGACGCUAUAAUCGUGGAGACUUCUCUGAAAAAGGCAACGAAGCAGGAAAGCAAGAAGGAAAAGGUACAGUCUAUCGCUGACGACGCGACGACAGCUGGCAACGACAGCAACAGCGAGGAUCCUGAAAUGAAGGAGGCACAAGCGGGGAGGAAGGGUGCUGUCUCCCAGACUAAAAAAGCCGCAAGCGCGAAGUCGACAGACAAAAAGAAAGUUGUAGAGAAGUCUGAAAUGCCGCUUCUCAAAGGUCGUAAGAAGAAAGUAGCGGCGAAAGGAGUCAAGAAACAAAAAUAA